CUAGACACGGGAAAUCCCACCGUCAAUCCUAACACACAGGGAAGCGCAUUUUAGCGUUAGUGUCACCUGUCCAGCGCACGUUAGUCAACGUCAGUGCUUCCAUUCUCGAUACUCUUUCUCGUCUCUUUCCUUCGCCUUAUCCUGCGCACCACCCCGUUUCCCUUUUUUCUUUUAGGGUUACGCUUCUUCUUCUUCUUCUACUUCAUCUUCUUCUUCUUCUCAUGCUUCGUCCAAAAACUAGGGUUCCUUCGUUCUCGAAGUAGUCGCGUCGCACCACAUGGAUCACCGACCGAAAUCGAAGGAUUCACUCCCUUACUCCACUCUUUUCAAUCUCGAGUCUUUGGUGAACUUUCAACUUCCACAACACGAUGAUGAUUUUGAUUAUUAUGGAAAUAGUAGUCAGGAUGAGAGCAGAGGCAGCCAAGGUGGGGGGAUUACAAAUCACAGUAAUGGGAAUGUGCAUGGAAGGGAGGCGAGUUUGUUGAAGAAGAGGAGGUGGUCUCUGAACCGUGACAGUGAGGAUAGGAGCGGUUUUUAUGAGACACACAUGACAGAGGAGCGAUAUCGAUCAAUGUUGGGAGAGCAUAUUCAGAAAUACAAGAGGAGGUUAAAGGAUACAAUGAGUAGUCCUGCCCAAAAUCAAGCUGCUGUUGCACCUGGGAAAAGCAGCACAGGGUUGAAAGCUCGGAAGUCAGGGAAUGAGCGCAGGGGAGGAUUACAUGCUGUGGAGACUACGUCAGAAUGGAUGAAUGAUUCGAGCUCCCAGAAACCAGGAAACUACCGUGAUGUAGAUUUCACCCCACAAUAUGGCACUGCUGAUAGGAUUAUGUAUGAACCUGCAUCUUUGGAUAUUGGGGAUGGAAUCAUUUACAAGAUUCCUCCUAUCUAUGAUAAGUUGGCUGGAGCUCUAAACCUCCCAAGCUUCUCGGAUAUCCAUGUUGAUGAUUUUUACUUAAAGGGCACCUUGGAUUUGGGUUCAUUGGCUGAGAUGAUGGCAGCUGAUAAAAGAUUUGGGAAUAGAAACCGAGCUGGCAUGGGUGAAGCAUUACCCCAAUAUGAAUCACUACAGGCACGGCUGAAGGUCAUAGGAGCUUCAAAUUCUGCUCAUAAAUUCAGUCUGAAAGUGUCUGAUGCUGAUUUGAAUUCCUCCAUUCCAGAGGGGGCAGCGGGAAGCAUAAGGCGGUCUAUUUUGUCCGAGGGUGGUGUAUUGCAGGUUUAUUAUGUGAAAGUUUUAGAGAAAGGUGACACCUAUGAGAUCAUUGAAAGAAGCCUACCUAAGAAACAAAAAGUGAAAAAAGAUCCUGCCUUGAUAGAGAAGGAGGAAACAGAACGAUGUGGUAAGAUUUGGGUUAAUAUUGUCAGAAGGGACAUACCAAAGCAUCAUAGGAACUUCACUACUUUUCAUCGAAAGCAGCUUAUUGAUGCCAAGAGAGUCUCAGAGAUUUGUCAAAGAGAGGUUAGAAUGAAAGUUAGUAGAUCCCUUAAAUGGACAAGGGCUGCCGGAAUGCGCACCCGGAAACUAGCUAGAGACAUGUUGCUGUUCUGGAAACGAAUAGAUAAAGAGAUGGCAGAAGUGAGGAAGAGGGAGGAAAAAGAAGCAGCAGAAGCUUUGAGGCGUGAACAGGAGCUUCGAGAGGCAAAGAGGCAACAACAAAGGCUUAAUUUUCUUAUACAACAAACUGAGCUGUACAGUCACUUUAUGCAGAACAAGUCAAACUUGCUAUCUUCAGAAACUUUACCCACCGUAGAAGAAGAUGCAAAUGACCAAGAUGCAAUGAUUGAUGACUCUGCAGAUGCUAAGCCUGAAGACGAGGAAGAUCCUGAAGAGGCUGAAUUGAAGAAGGAAGCUUUGAAGGCUGCACAAGAAGCAGUUUUUAAGCAAAGAAGUUUGACAAGUGCUUUUGACACUGAAUGCUUGAGGCUGCGCCAAGCUGGUGAAACAGAUUCACUUCCACCAGAUGUUGCUGGAGCGAGUAAUAUUGAUUUGCAAACCCCCUCCACCAUGCCAGUGGCAUCCACAGUUCGGACACCUGAAUUAUUUAAAGGUGUUCUUAAAGAAUAUCAGCUAAAGGGUCUGCAGUGGCUUGUAAAUUGUUACGAACAGGGUUUAAAUGGUAUUCUAGCAGAUGAAAUGGGACUUGGAAAGACUAUUCAGGCCAUGGCAUUCUUGGCCCAUUUAGCUGAGGAAAAAAACAUAUGGGGACCUUUUCUGGUUGUUGCACCUGCUUCAGUAUUAAAUAAUUGGAAUGAGGAACUUGAGCGCUUCUGCCCAGAACUGAAAAGACUUCCGUACUGGGGCGGACUCUCAGAGCGGACAGUACUUAGGAAAAGUAUUAACCCAAAGGAUCUAUACCGUAGGGAAGCUAAAUUUCACAUUCUCAUCACAAGCUACCAGCUAUUAGUAUCUGAUGAGAAGUAUUUUCGUCGAGUGAAAUGGCAGUAUAUGGUUUUAGAUGAAGCCCAGGCAAUCAAAAGUUCGACAAGUAUAAGAUGGAAGACACUUCUCAGUUUUAAUUGUCGGAAUCGCCUACUGCUGACUGGUACACCCAUUCAGAAUAACAUGGCUGAGUUAUGGGCUCUUCUUCACUUCAUCAUGCCAACUUUAUUUGACAGCCAUGAACAAUUUAAUGAGUGGUUUUCUAAAGGAAUUGAGAACCAUGCCGAACAUGGAGGUACUCUGAAUGAGCACCAGCUUAAUCGAUUGCAUUCAAUUCUAAAGCCUUUCAUGCUGCGGCGUGUUAAAAAGGAUGUGGUUUCUGAGCUGACUAGAAAAACUGAGGUUACUGUGCACUGUAAGCUCAGUUCUCGGCAACAGGCUUUUUAUCAAGCAAUUAAGAACAAGAUCUCUCUUGCCGAAUUGUUUGACAGUAAUCGUGGGCAGCUCAAUGAGAAGAGAAUUCUGAAUUUAAUGAACAUUGUUAUUCAACUAAGGAAGGUUUGCAACCAUCCAGAGUUGUUUGAAAGGAGUGAGGGAAGCACAUACCUCUACUUUGCAGAGAUUCCGAAUUCCCUUCCACCUCCUCCAUUUGGGGAAUUGGAGGAUAUUUAUUAUUCUGGUGGUCACAACCCCAUAUCAUAUGAGAUGCCAAAACUUGUCUAUGAAGAAAUUGUACAAAGUUCAGAGAUUUUUGGAUCAGCUGUUGGUCGGGGUGUCUCCAGAGAAUCUUUUCAGAAACAUUUUAGUAUUUUUAGACCAGAAAACGUUUUUCGAUCUGUAUUCUCAGAAGACACGUACAGUACAAGUGGAAACCUAGGUUUUAUCCAUUUGAUGGAUUUGUCUCCACAAGAGGUGAUGUUUCUGGCUACUGCUUCUUUUGUGGAGCGACUAUUAUUUUCUAUUACGAGAUGGGAACGUAAAUUCAUUGAUGAAGCUGUAGACUUUCUAACUGAGACCAUAGAUGAUGACCCAGAAUGUAGUUACCUUGAGAAAGAAAAGGUCAGAACGGUUACAAGAAUGUUAUUGGUGCCAACGAGAUCCGAGGCUCAGUUUCUGCAGGAAAGAUUGCAGACUGGACCCAGCCAUGCUCCUUUUGAGGCCUUGAUUGUCCCACAUGAAGAUAGGCUGUUAUCAAACGCCAGGCUUGUUCACUCUGCUUACACAUAUAUCCCACAAAGUAGAGCUCCUCCUAUUGGUCUUCACUGCUCAAAUAGAAACUUCUACUAUAAAAUGAUUGAAGAAUUACAUGAUCCCACGAUUAAGAGGUUAUUUGUGGGAUUUGCACGUACAUCUGAUUAUAAUGGACCUAGAAAGCCAGAUGCUCCUCACCAUUUAAUUCAAGAGAUAGAUUCUGAAUUACCUGUUUCUCACCCUGCGCUUCAGUUAACACAUAGCAUUUUUGGAACUUCUCCACCAAUGCGCAAUUUUGACCCUUCGAAGUUGCUCACUGACUCUGGAAAGCUCCAAACACUUGAUAUAUUAUUAAAACGCUUAAGAGCAGGAAAUCAUCGUGUACUCUUGUUUGCUCAGAUGACCAAAAUGUUGAAUAUUUUGGAGGACUACAUGAACUAUAGAAAAUAUAAGUAUUUUAGACUUGAUGGAUCAUCCACUAUCCAGGAUCGUAGAGACAUGGUCAGAGACUUUCAGCAUAGGAAUGAUAUUUUUGUGUUCUUAUUGAGUACAAGAGCUGGUGGGUUAGGUAUCAACUUGACGGCUGCUGACACAGUCAUAUUUUAUGAGAGUGAUUGGAAUCCAACAUUGGAUCUACAGGCAAUGGACAGAGCUCAUCGUUUGGGCCAGACAAAAGAUGUUACUGUUUACCGACUUAUAUGUAAAGAGACAGUUGAAGAGAAGAUUCUUCUUAGAGCGAGUCAGAAAAGUACUGUGCAGAACCUUGUCAUGACUGGUGGAUCUGUCGGUGGUGAUCUUUUAGCUCCCGAGGAUGUUGUAUCUUUGCUUCUAGAUGAUGCUCAGUUGGAGCAGAAGUUAAAGGAGAUCCCUCUCCAGGCAAAGGAUAAGCAAAAGAAAAAACAACCUAUGAAAGGCAUUAGGGUAAAUGAAGAUGGUGAUGCAUCACUGGAAGAUCUAACAAGCUCUGCAGCUCAGGGUACUUCAGAUUAUGAUGCUGCCGUGGAUCCAGAGGGUUCAAAGUCCAGUAAUAAAAAGAGAAAAGCUGCCUCGGAUAAGCCGAGGCCAAAGAAUUCUCAAAAGAUGAGUGAAUUUAGUACUGCAUUCAUGGACAGCGAAUUGGAUGAUGUCGAUCCAGUGGGUCAGAAACCCAAGAGACCGAAAAGGGUAAAGAAGAAUGUGAACGUUGAAGAUGCUUUUACUGGGACUGCUACCACUGUUCCAGAGCAGAGUCAAUUUCCACCUCCACGUGAUUUUAGUGCCGGAGGUUCUAAAGCAGAAUCAGGGCAAGACAACUAAAGAUUUUGUAACUAAUGUCUCAUAUUUCCAGCCCUGUGGAUUGACAUUUUUGUGGGGACUGCUACAUUGGCUCCCUUGUUGAUCAACAGUUUCUAGUUCCCAAUUUCUUGGUUCUCGUCUAACUACAAAUACUGGUGGCAAGCUGAGUCAAGACAGAGGAAGGUGUAUAUCCUAGGUUCAGGUUGUAUAUAGUAGUCCUUAAUGGUAUACUGAUAGUUUGUACAGAUUGGGCCAUCCUUACUCCAGUUGAUUUUUGUGCGCCACGUCCAAUAUUUAUUUCACAUGAGUAAUACAUUUGAAUCUCCUCUUGAUCAUGUUUAAAAAUAACUUAUUCAAUUAA